AUGUUUGCAAGACUCACCUGCACGAGGGCCAAUAAGGUUACAGUAUGGUAUCAACGUGAUCAAAACGUUCCAACGAAAAUCAAAAUAAAUUCUGAUUCAGAUAUCGAUGAUUUAAAAGAAGCUAUUUUUGGUGCAACUAAUAAAGGACAAUAUCAGGCGACGUACAAGGCCAAAACAUUGAAACCAUCGGCGAGUGUACCAUGGAAUACAACUGACGAUAUGCUAGUUGUGUUUACUAAAAUUGGUUAUAUACUGCCUCCACCAGAUUCGUCUCGAUCAAACCGUCCUACAAUUCGUACAGUAGCUAGACCAAUGAAUCCAAUAACAACAAAUCAAAUUCCGACUCCGACUCCGAAAAAUAUUUUUUACGAUUUCGAUGCCAGCUUCGACUCCGAAAAUUUUCAUGUAAUCAUUCCGAUUCGGACUCCGUCGAAGUCGAAGUGGGAAUCGGGUUUCGGAAGGCAGCGCAGUUCUCUAACAGCAACUAUUCCAAAGAAUCCAAUAACAACAAAUCAUUCUACAAUUUAUACAACAAUUAUACCAAAGAAUCCAACAACAACAACAAAUUAUCCUACAAUUAGUACAGCAACUAUACCAAAGAAUCCAAUAACAACAAAUCAUCCUACAAUUUAUACAACAAUUAUUCCAAAGAAUCCAAUAACAACAAAUCAAAUAUCAACUCAAUCUCAAAUAAAUCAAAAUUAUCAAAGAUAUGAAAAUCGUAGUAAAUCCUGCAAUAAUCGUUUGUUAAGUAGCCAAGAUAUCAGUCGUUCAACAAAACUUUCCCCAAAAGUGGAGUUACAAGCAAAUCCUAUUAGAUCAGCAAUGAUACAACCGAAAAUUAAUCGUCAAGUGAAUCAAAAGAGUCAAAUUCUUAAAGUAGAUAAUACUGAUCCAAAUGCUGGUAUCAACCAGAACAAUACAGAGGAAUCGAAACGUAAACAAGCAGUGAUUCGCGAUGCUCAUGAACAAAGGAUACGACGUCAACAAAGUAAAAUGGGUCAAAUAGCACGUAUUAAUACUGAUCCAAAUGCUGGUAUCAACCAGAAAAUUGCAGAGGAAUUGAAACGUGAACAAGCAGUGAUUCGCGAUGCUCGUGAAGAAGGGAUACGACGUCAACAAAGUAAAAUGGGUCAAAUAGCACGUAUUAAUAGUGGUGGAACAGAUGGAGUAUUACGAUGGCAAGUUUAUUAA